CAAGCCCAUUGCAGAUCUGAGAAGACAGGCAAGGCAGCGGAUUCAACGGAAUAAUCCUCAUCACAUGACACCGGCAGAAAGUGGGAAUCAUGACUGAAAUUCGAUCAGACAAUGAUGGCUUUGCGGUUAUUACUCAAAUUAAUCCAAGUGGUAAUUUGCAAGAGUUAUCAGAUCACAUCCAAAAUAUAAAAAACACAACUCCAAAGCCUCUCAUCAGCUUCUACAAAGGAGAACCUGAAGCUCUUGGUGUGACUCAGGUAUUUUCAGGAAUAUUUUUCAUUAUUUUUGGCAUUAUUUUUUGUUUUGCCCCGGAAUAUUUCCUGAUCCUUUACAGCGGUUUACCUUUUUGGUCUGGAGUAAUGUAUAUUAUAUCUGGAUCAAUAUCAAUUAGUGCUGCAGUGAAACCAACAUUAGGGAAGGUGAGAUCAAGCCUGGUUUUGAACAUCUUAAGCUCAAUUACUGCAUGUAUUGCAAUUAUACUGUUUUUAUUUGGAGUGGCUAUUCACUGGUACAGAUCAAGUAUUCAUACCUGUUUUUAUUAUAAAUCAUCCGUUCACUGUGAAGGCAAUUUUAACCCUAAGCCUGUUGUUGAGGGAAUGCUGGCAUUGCUUUUCAUAAUGACAGUAACGCAGCUUUGUAUCACAAUAUCCACAUCUGUUUUUGGAUGUAAAACUGUGUGCCGGACAUCAUAUAAUGAAACGACAGUAAUAAUUUAUCAAGCCUCAUCGGUGAUAAACUCUGGAAAUUACAUGACUCCUGAUCCUACUACCUUAACCACAGAUGAAUAAUGUAUUGAUAUCAAAGAAUAUCUUCUAGGGAAGAUAUGACAUUACCUUUUCAUCACAACUUUUCAGAUGCCUACGUAGUUUUGUGAAAUUUUAAACAUAAAUACAAGUUUCUAUUUGUUUUUUUUUUUUGCAGACUAGCAGCUCCUCUGCUGCCAGUCUGCAGUUUCCACUUCGGCUUAGACCAUUUUCCAUUUUUGAGCUAAUCAAAGCAAACUAAUGCUUCUCAUUAUUAAAGCACUAUCAAAGUUGGUAUAUUACUGCUCUACAGCUAUGCAACUCAUAUAGCCCCGUGCACAAACGCCUUCUGCAAACUAGAUUACUUCCUGAGAUGCUAGGCCUCAUUUUGAUUCUUCAUAAAUGCUACUUUUUCAUUAACAUCAAACAAAAUAUCAGUUUUCUUUUCUUGACAUAGGUUUCUUUGGUUCUUGUUAUAUAACUGGACUAUAUCACUACCUCUAGAAUGUAAGCUUAUUGAGCAGGGCCUUCCACCUCUCUAUCCCUCUACGUCCACUUGUCUGGUUAUAAUUACAUGUCUGUUAGUCCACCCAUUGUACAGCACUACCGAAUCUGAUGGCGCUAUAUAAAUAAUAAUAAUAUACAUUGCACUACUACCAUGCUGCAAAGGGUUAAAGGAACACUAUAGUUUUAGGAGUAGAAAACUGUAUUUUUAACACUAUAGUGUCCUUCUGCUGCUGUCACCCUACCCCACUGGCAAAAUGGGUUAAAAAAACAUGAUUACCUGGUCGGGCUGCUCCACCACCCAUGUCAUCCGAUCAUGCAGUGCAUUAGGUUUUUUACAAAGGAAAUCAAUGCUUUCAAAUGUGAUUUUUCAAGAAGCUGGAUGUCAUCAUACAAGGCGUGACAUCCAGCGUUGUUUAAUGGAGUUAAUCUGCAGGAAUCACCUCUAAUGGCUGUCUGGGAUAAAGCCAGUAGGGGCAGCCUUAACCAUGCAAUAUAAACAUUGCAGUUCCUCUAAAUAUGCAGGGUUAAGAGGACAGUGACAAUGAAUCCAGGCCACUUCCAUAAGUUGAAGUGGUCUGGGUGCCAAUGGUGUCUCUUUAAUACACAGUAAUUAUGGUAGGGCAAACUACAAACAAGAUUAAACAAGUUAACGCUGUCAGGCUCUGUGUUUUAAAGUUUAGUCUUUAAUAACUGUCCCUUCAAUAUGGGGUAAAAAGAGAACUACACUAGGAUCCUAUCACAAUCACAGAAUUCUCCUCCUCCAGAGCCCUAAACUAGACUAAAGAAUGCAACCUAGAGUGUGUAAUACAGAGAGCAGGCACAAUGCAGGGAUUGGAUUUCACCUAAUUUAUCUCUUUAAAGGAAAUCGGGUAAUAGUAGCAGAAAGCUCAAGAAUUGAAUGUACCAGGGAAAAGAUUGGCAAGCACUUAGAUGUAGGGAAAAAAAGCAUGAAAGGAAAAAAGACAGAUGUAUAGACAGCCAGAUACACAUACUCGUAGCAGUAAUACUCACAAUGCAUCUCCCUGGCUAGCCUCUGGCGCAGGCUCUCUGACUCCCUGCAGCUCAUGUUGCUCUCGGUAGCUCAGUAUUUACCGAGAUUCUAAAAGCCAGUCUUGGAACACAUUGUCUGAAGAGGGGGCAUGGCUAAGCAGGAGUCCGUUGCGGCUUCUGAGUUCUGCAGCUCUGCAGACUCUGGAAACAUGUCACUGGACCAACAGGGAGCAUACUGUUGCUAAACAGUUUACCCCUUUACUGAGGAGCCAGGCCACGGUAAUUUGGGCAUCAUUUCCAUUACAGCAGGAUGUAAUGAUGAUCGGUGAUGCUUGGAGUAAUCCUUUAAGUGAGCUACACACUUUUUGAUACUUUCUUGAUUCUACCUGUUUUUUUGUGUCUUUGAAAUAUUAAUUAAGCUUACGUGUAAUAUUGUGAUACAGACUGUUGUUUAUACUUUGUAUUUCAAAUGAUCACUUUCAAUAUAGUUCUAUUUUAUAAUAAAGAACAUUUUACAUUUACAAAUCUUAAUUGAUUAAAUUAAUAUGUGAUGGAAUGUGAUUAUUUUAUAUGCUCUUUGAUUUUUAACAUGUUGGUGAAUAAGUGUCUAGACUAGCAAGCCAAGUUCUGUUCAAUGUAUAGGGGGUGUUGGUUGUUUAAAAGUUUGGACUUUAUACAUUCUUUCCUCCCCCCUACCCACAUCACACCCUUAAUGCUGAUCUGCCUAGUAACAGCAGUAAAAGUCCAAACUAAUCACCCCCCUUUUUCUACCUUCUCUAUACAUUAAGACCAUGUGUAACUAUCUGGUUAGAUAAAGAAUAAAAGCACGCCCUGUUAAAAAACAAAAAAAUAACUAUAUAUUUGGGAUAUGCAAUAAACAUUUUUGGAUAAGUCACUUUGAACAACUUGUGUCUGUCAGUUCAUCGUGGCCUCCCCAGCGCUGGAAAGGAGUUGCAGGACAAACCAGAGAUUGCUAAAUUACAAAGAAGUUCAUGGCAAAGAAUUGGUCAAUUAUUUAAAGAGAUCUUCAUUUUGUUUAUACGUAGAGCUGUUUAUCCAAUCUGUUAAAGAUUAUCACUUUCACUGCACUUCUGUUAACUAUUGUUAUAUACCUCUCUCAAUAAAGAGCAUUUGUGCACUUGCAAA